CCAACUCCGUGGCGCGUGGACUCGCCGGCCGCGCCCCGGUAACGGCCGCCGCCGACGUGGUGGAUCGCCCCGAGAAGGACACCAUGGACGCUUACAACGAGGUAACCCUGUGGUACCGGUUAGCCAGAAGAACGAUGGCCCUGCCCCACCCCCGUCUGACGCGGGAGGAGGCGGUGGUAUUCCGCCAGUUACAGACUAACUCCGUGAUAACCCCAGUGUUAGCAAAGCACCUGUGGCCGGAGGUAUACGUAACAGACUUAUGCAGACUGUGCGGGAAGGAAAGGGCCACGUUGGCCCACAUCCUGGAAGACUGCGAAUGCGCGAACGCGGACAACAGUGCAGACGUUCUCCCGCCCCUCAUGGAGGAGGCGAAGAGAUCCGAAGACUACGACGUCCAACACACGGCCGUCCAGCAGAUCCUAGCGGCACUCGAGAAGCAGCGACCGGACGGGAUGGAAGCAGAAAGGGUUAACCCGAGUACGCUGAAGCCCGCCGCGAGCGGCUCUCCCCGCUAAGAAGACGUCCGGCCACGUCGCCCCAAG